CAACCACAACUACAGCCACCACCACCAUCAUGCACCGGAAACUGCCAGUCUCCGUCGUCGUCUACAACCACCUCUUUCCUAACCCGCGGCCCGAGGACCCGUCAUCCUUCUCGGCACACCUGAGCAAGAACCUGGUGGGCGAGGUACGCAUCGAGACGGCAACCUUCUACGGCUCACUCGACAGCAUCGAGGCACGCUACCCGGGGCUGAACUACUCGCAUCCGCCUCACCGCAAGCGCCUGGGACGCUUCCCGCACCACGCCCGCCUGUUCCGCGCCUUCGACGAGCUGCGUCUGACCGAGGCUGAGAUUGCGUCGCUGUGCCGCUGGGAGGGCACGCUGUGGGCUCGUGAGCGGUACGAGCGCGACGAGGGCAUCCGCGUCCAGGACACGACUGCCAACGAGAUCGGGCCUUGGGUCGACACGAGGCGGCACCGCGUCGCGCGCGGCCGCAACGGCGACAGCAUCAACGUGAAAACGGACAUUGAGGUGGCCAUCGAGGACUGCGGCAGCGGCGGUGCUGCCCGUCGUCGCCACCAGCAGCAGCAACAGCACCACCACCUCCAACAACACCAACAGCAGCAGCAACAAACCUCCGCCGAUGCCGACAUGAUGGACGAUGACGAGGACAACCACCACAGCGAAGACGAGGCCGACGACACCGACGCCCGCCUCCAGAGCAUCGGCAUCCCCCUCAACCAGCGCCUUAUGGCCGCCGCCGCCCGCCGCGAGCACCAGCACCAACAACCGCACCCUAUGGACGCCGACUGGGAGAAGUACCUCGAGCGGGCACAGGAACGCGGCGAGAUCGGCCAUCAGAUCCAGUACUCGAUACCAGCGGCGACGGCGGGCAGCCUCGUGCCCACGAAUCCCCACGACCGCUCCAUGCCGCCCGCACCGCCCUCCGCCCCCGCAUAAACGACAAUAACAACAACAACAAUAAAAAAAAAAAAGUCCUUUUGAUCUUUCUGUUUCUGUGUUUCGCGGCGGGCGGGGCAGUCGCGCUUUGAAUCUUCCACUCAAGCAAGCUUGCAUGCACACUCACGGGGUUCGGCGUUAACAACUGCUUGCUCAUCAUCGUCAUCAACAACCACCUACCUACUCUACUCUCCGCAUCAACAACCACCUCCUCCAUCUCUCUGGCGCAAUACCCUAUAUUUUUCUCGCACACACACAUAACUGGGCU